GAAGUAUCAUCGAUGAACAUGGAGGAUCCAAUCCAGGCGUAAUAGUGAGGAUUGGUAAAAGAAGGGCCACAUUCCUACAACUCAUAUAAUUUCGGUGACCACACCAAUUCACUGAGGAAAUCGUCAAACUCUUGGUGAAGAUCUAAAUUCAAAAGUACAGGUUAUGUCCUUCCUACUAUAAAUGACAGUAAUUUGAUGGAAAUGCUCGUUGUUUUUACACGUUUAUCAUAUAACGAAAUGUUUUUAACAACUCGCGAUUCUAAGAUUCCAAAAAGUCCACAAAAGAACACAGGUAAUCUUUUUGUUUGGGUGCAUUGCGUCUUUAUUUUAACUAUGAACGCUACGUUUGAGAGGCGACUCAGACAAGUCUCCGUAAAAAGACGACUAGGGAAGACUAAUACGUCAGCAGUCAACGGUCGAAACGAUCUCAGAAACAAGCUUAAUCUUACUGUACGGACACCUGAUGCACGGACGUUGCUUCGCAACCGUACUCGUCAACGUAACUCGACAUUUCGUGACGCUAGAAAUGUUUUGAGGUCGAGGAAUGUACCUCAUCCACGUCGAAACCCUCGAGUCCCGUUCUUCAUUCCCAUAAGAACGAUUAAAAAUGAACUUUUUGGAGGUCAAAUAAACAGUCUACGAAAUGCACGAAAACCACGUCCAGCAUCUCUUCGUCCAGGUAUUCCUGAUCUGCUGAGCUUACCGUUGCCUCUUCCUAAUCCUCUUGAUUUUCUUAAUAACCCUACACCCACUACUGGGUUAUUUGCUAACUUGUUACCGUUUAAUGAAGUUCCAGUGUCUGCUUCUUCAUCAGGACCUAAGAUUAGUCCAAUACAAGGUUUCCGUGUGGAAAUUCGUAACCUUCAGCCGUCCGUCACGCUAGAUGAUGUAUUCGAGCUAUUUAGCAGCGUUGGAAGUUUACGUCUGUGUACUGUUACACGUCCUGGCCAGGCAGAAGUAAUUUAUAAUCAUUCUUCAGAUGCGCUUGAAGCUAUUGAACGUUAUAAUGGUCGUGAACUAGAUGGCCGUCCAAUGCGUGUAAGCCUUACUACACCAGUUAGUGAUUUACCCAGUGAACGUGACACUUCUGCUCGCAUGGCCUCAAGACUCGGACCAAAUUAUGGAAGGAAACAAACUGAAACGCAGGCUAAACAAGUUAUUCGUGAGUCUCUGAACAAAUCAGGCAUUCCGGUCGAAGUAGAUGCAGAUGUUGUUCGCAAAGCUUUGUUCAACGUUAGUUCAUCUGGUAGCGUUCAAUCUAGAAGACCAGUUGAUUUCAGCGUUAGUUUACGUUAAAAAGAUAUACCAGAAGUUAGGUGUUUUACAAUACGUUUUAUUAACCGCUCAUUUCUCAGUCAUUAAUGUGUGUAUAACCAAAAAGUGUAUGUUACUUUGUUGAUUUGUUCAUUUAUCAAUAUAACACUGGAUUUUCGAUUCCCUCACGCUUGUUUUUGUAAUGACAGAUUCAAAUUCUCAUUUAAAACAGUAUUCCGAAUGAAUAUGAAUUAUAGCUAACUUUAAGACAAUUGCGUUCUCUUCCAUCUGGUUACGAUAAUCAUGUGGACCCCAUCUAGGUAGUCUACGCUUGUUAAUAUGGCUCAGCCUAACAGUUAGUGAUGCCAUGUCGAUUUGGCUGCAUCUAGAUUUAUUCCAACCUACUACAUUAGCCAUCCUCGCGCUUCAAGGUGGUCGGUGGAUGAGCAUAUAUAACACAUGUUUCGACUGACAAAGAUUCGUUACAUUGUCAAUUUGUUUGGCAUACCUACCUAGUACCCUUUUCCGAAUCCCGGCUUUGCUUACCCACUGGUCCCAAAACGCGCCAACAAUGUUUAGAAAACACUCAUAGUCGAAUACUAGUUAUCUACGAAUAUCCUCUAUUCUUAAUGGUCAUAUUUCACACCCAUAAAAUAAUAUAGAGCGAACUGCUGCACAAUGAGACCUUUUAGUUGGCGAACGAAUAUCUCAUAUAUACGGCAAGUGGCAUAAUUUGGCAAAAGCCAAUCGAAAUUUCUGAAUUUAUCUCAAGAUCUCGUCAUGCACCAACCCACUUAAGGUGAUGAGAUUUCCAAAAUAAGUAAAGUGAC